AUGUUGACACUCACGAACAAACAGAUUCGUCUCGCCUACAGCCUGCACAACAAAUACUCAGAAGAAGUGCAAGUCGGGCUCACAUGCGACCAGAUGCCAUAUCAGUCACGUGUGUCAGAAGGAAGCGUCGACGGAAACGCAGGCGACGGCGCCGCUGAAGUGUCCUUCUCCGCGGCGCUCCCCUGCACUCCAGCCGCAGCAAUAACGCGCGGCCAUAAACAAGGAUCUAGUCUGUUGAUGAUAACAUUUAAAUUGCGACGGGAUUUGAUGGAGGGAUUCACCAAAUCCGGGUUAUGUCAUGCCGGCGCUUUCAUUACAGAGGCUGAAGCUGCCAGCGAUAUCACAGGAUGUAAAGUGGACGAGACCUAUCUACGCAGGAACACCGGCGACUUAAAUCCGGAGGAGGAGGAGGAGCCCUUCGAACUGACCAACCCGGACGUCGUCGAUGGCCACAACCUCUUCGAGAAGGACAUCAUGCUGACGGAGGCGCAGUGGAAGAAGGUUCUGACGAGGAAGGGCCUGGCCGACGAGAGGCGGUACUGGCCCGAGGACGCCUCUGGGACUCCGCGCGUCCGAUACCGCUUCGCCGACACCAGCGUGGACCAGCCAGCCGUCCUCGCAGGCAUCGGGCACUGGGAGAGCCACACCUGCAUCCGGUUCGAGAUGAUCACCGACGCCAACCAACCGCACCUGAUGUUUCGGAAACUGAGUGGCUGCUGGUCCUAUGUCGGCUACCUUGGCAGCUACUUCCCUAAUGGCCAAAACAUAUCGAUUGGCCAGGGUUGUCAGUCGCUGGGCACCGUCGUCCACGAGAUCGGCCACUCGCUGGGUCUGUUCCACGAGCAGUCCCGCCCCGACCGCGACCUCUUCGUCCACGUCAACUCGGAGAACGUCCAGUCGGGGAAGCUCGGCAACUUCGAAAAGGAGUCUGACAGCGUCGUCAAUAACCGGAACGUGCCUUAUGACUUUCGUAGCGUCAUGCACUACGGUGGGAAGUUCUUCAGCAUAAACGAACACCUGACCCUGGCAACCGUGGAUCCCCUUAACCAGGAGCUCAUCGGCAAACGCACUGGCCUCACUCACAUGGACAAGUUAAUCGCCAACCGCAUGUAUCGCUGCAUCGACAAAUGGCUUCAGAAAUGUGGCUUAGAUGCUGAUCCUUGCCAGAACAACGGUUACACAGGGGAGUCCUGCACGUGCGUGUGCCCUGAAGGAACGUCGGGCACACACUGCGAGACAGACACCGGCGAUUACCACGCCUCCUAUCGAAGUCCCUGUAACGAGAUCAUCACCUCCCCAACGACCAUUAGCUCUCCUGGUUAUCCUAAUGGAUAUCUUGGUGGCUUAACGUGCGCCAAGUGGAUAAAAUCGCCAGAGAACAUGCUUCCGAAGAUAACAUUCACCGAUUUCAGGCUGACAAACUGCGACUGGAGACUGGAUCACUUAGAGAUUCGAAUCGACAAUCGUUUCGAUGGAGAUUUUUACUGCGACACUCAAAUCGCUGUCAACACCUCCUUCGUCGGGGCGACCACAGAGAUCAUCCUCAUGUUUUAUACCCGAACCAGUAACGGCGUCGGAUGGCAAGCAGAUGUGACCUUCUUCGAUCCCUCCAUUACGACUACGACUACAACGACUACUCCAGAGCCCCCUACAACUACUACGACUACAACGACUACUCCAGAGCCCCCUACAACUACUACGACUACAACGACUACUCCAGAGCCCCCUACAACUACUACGACUACAACGACUACUCCAGAGCCCCCUACAACUACUACGACUACUACAGAGCCCCCUACAACUACUAUGACUACAACGACUACUCCAGAGCCCACUACAACUACUACGACUACAACGACUACUCCAGAGCCCCCUACAACUACUACGACUACUCCAGAGCCCCCUACAACUACUACGACUACUACAGAGCCCCCUACAACUACUAUGACUACAACGACUACUCCAGAGCCCACUACAACUACUACGACUACAACGACUACUCCAGAGCCCACUUCAACUACUACGACUACAACGACUACUCCAGAGCCCACUACAACUACUACGACUACUACAGAGCCCCCUACAACUACUACGACUACUCCAGAGCCCACUACAACUACUACGACUACAACGACUACUCCAGAACCAACUACAACUACUACGACUACAACGACUACUACAGAGCCCCCUACAACUACUACGACUACAACGACUACUCCUGAGCCCCCUACAACUACUACGACUACAACGACUACUCCAGAGCCCACUACAACUACUACGACUACUCCAGAACCUACAACUACUCCAGAGCCCCCUACAACUACUGCGACUACUCCAGAAGUAACAACUACAACAACUCCCCCCGGCAGCCCAAGUUGCACGAUUUACAGCUUCGGCGGCAAAGCAGACUGGACCUCCCCAUAUUUUGGUGUUGCCAAUUAUCCAAACAAUUUCCAGUGUGGCGUUAUGGGAUCCUAUGGUGGACCUUUGAUGACGAAGUACACGUUUAAUACUUUCCAACUGGAAGAUAAGUCGCGGAGACGAAGCGAAAUUUGUCAUGAUUACGUCGACAUCCCGAUACCUCUUAACAGAACCAUGAGGUUCUGCGGGAGCCAGACGGGGUAUCUGAACGUUCCCAACUUCCGCUUCUCCACUCAGUUCGUGUCUGACUCUUCCAUCACUGAUGUCGGGUUUAACAUCAGCAUCAGUUGGGAAGUAACUGACUGCCAUCGCGUUAUUCAGCUCUCGAAGAAACACUCUAGAGGGACCAUCUCGAGCCCGAACUACCCCAAAGCAUACCCCGAUCAGGCGGCGUGCGAGUGGUGGAUUGUGGCUCCAGAAGGCAAGAAAGUGUUUCUGCAGUUCAAAGACCUUCAAGUAAGUGAUCCUGACUGUGAGGCUUUUUACAUCGCGGUUGACAAGUCUGGCAGCGGCGACUACUUUCCAGAGAACAGCGACUUGAUAUGCAGCGGCGGUAAGCAUAGCUUCAUCUCCGACGGGGAGAGCAUGAAUGUUGCAUUCUACGGAAGGGCCAUGAGCAACGCAAAGUUUUACGCCAGGUACAAGAUACAUUGAGGUACCCCGUCGUCUCCUAAGGCAGGGGGCGGUGUGUGUGUGUUUCCAUGGAAUAAAGUAGCAGGGUGUUACUAUAUCUUUUGUUCUUUAACUUGAUUAGAUUUCCAUUUGAUUUAUGGUUUUCAAUGUAAUUCCUGAGAAUAAAUGUUCAUGCAAAAAUUGUC